UGGUAGCACAUUUGAUUGUAGUUUAUGCAUAUAUAUAUAUAUAUAUAUAUAUGUAUACAUAAUUCUUAUUACUCUUUAUUUUCCAACAAAAAAGCCAGUGUUGUAUUGAGAUAAGUGAAAUGUAUCCAAAUCCAUAUAUAAUAUGUAAAUGCAAAGCAUUUGGUUCCUUACCAAGAAAAAAAACAAGUAAAUACACCCAAGGGAAUCUUAUUUAAUUGGGUCAUUGAAACUCCUGAACAAAAAAAAAAUAUGAUGAACUUUGAAGAUAUCGUUGAUAUGGAAUGGUUUGAUUCUCAUACUGCUCCUAUUGAUACUUCGUUUUUACCACCUUCACCUCCAAUGACUACUGCUGAUGAUAAUGUCAUGCUAUCUCUUCCCUCUGGUACAACAGCCAUGGACUUGUUAGCCUAUCAACAUAAAGCUGGGAAAGAGAUUAGCAUGAUGGCCUUGCCUCCUAUAGAUCAAAUCAAGCAGUUGAUAGAAGUAGCUACUGAGAACAUAUCAAACACUGUUUCACCAGAAUCUCUGAUCAAAUCAACACCAGGACAAGAUGCUCAAAUGGAACGCGACGAAGAAGAAGAAGAAGAAGAAGAAGAAGAAAGUGGUCCUCCUUCGCCUUCAUCACUAUCAUCAUCUAGCGAACAACCAAUGACACUUGAAGCAUAUGCCAAGACAGAUGGUAUUGAUAUUCGCAACUUAUCUUCAAAGGAACGUCGCCAGUUACGAAACAAAAUUUCAGCUCGUAAUUUCAGAAUCAGAAGAAAAGGUGAGAAAAAAUGAGUUAAUCUUCUUUAUAUUAAUCGUUUUUUAUAUUAGAAUACAUUACCACUUUAGAAGGCCAAGUUAGUGAUCAAAAAAAGAAAACCGAAGAGUUGAUGCAUAGAUUAAAUAUCGUUGAAGAAGAAAACGAACAACUGAAGCUUCAGAUUGAUUCUUUAAAACAUCAAAACCAUCAACUCAUGAACAAAGAUAUCAGUAUGCUUGGCUCAAAAUCCACAGAUACUUAUCGUCAAGACACUUCUAUUCUUGUUUCCUAAAACAAGCUUAUGGUUUAUUAUUACACAACAGUGUAACCCCUUAUUUUUUUUUUCAACAUGUAAAUACACAUUGCAAGAGAUAUAUACACACACAUACAAUAAAUAUAAUGCCCCCCCUUUUUUUUAUAAGCAAAAUAACUCUUUGUUAUAUUAGUUUGU